AUGAUUGGAACCAUUUCCCUGUUUGACCGCUAGGUUUUAUGGGUAAUAUGACUCAUACUGUGGUACUCUAUUACAUAACAAGCCUGGCUUCUAUUUUUGCCAUUAUUACAUUUUAGUUGAGAUAGCCUACAGAAUGUACAAUCAGAUGACGAAGAGAUUAGGAAGUUUAGGAUAGGCUAUUUAAUAAUCAUAUUUAGAGAGGUAAAGAAAUAGUUCCCCCUGAAGUAUUUCCAAAACACUGUACUACAAUCAUAGUCUGCAAUAAUAAUGCUCAAAUAAACAGUUUGAUUUUGAAUAAUAUUUUCUCAAAGUUUCUAUUUGCACAUUUAUAAGAUACAAUCUCAACGAAUUGGCUAUUUACCUUGCUCUCAUUUUUUCAUACUGACAGGAAUUAUAGGAUCACAUUGUGUGUGUGCCUGCAUGUGAUGUUUCCUGCAUCUUCCUUCACAGAAAGACAUUUGGGAUGACGAAGAUACAAAGCAUAUUAGAUCAAUAUAAUAACAUUGCUUCUAGGAGCAGCAUGACUUUGAGGACAUUGUGUAACUGCAGAUACAUGUCACAUAGGCCUAUACUGCACCAUUUAAUACCAGAGGGCUUUUAGGUAAUGAACAUGCCAUUGUACCAUUAAACCAAGGAAGAUUGGGAUACAGGUUGGUCAAAUUGAAACAUUUAAAUGUUUCACAUUUUAGUCAUUUAGUAGACGCUCUUAUCCAGAGCGACUUACAGUGCAUAAAAAAAAUGUCAUACUGGAAACAAGGGGCAAUCAGCAGUUGAAAUAAUUACAAUGCGUUUUCCCCGCCCCUGUUUCGGUAAAAAGCUGAAUUAUGGGGCUGGAGAAAUGUAACCACUCUCAAAUUCAGACAGAGCUAUGGAUGCAAUGACUGACCAUCCAUGAUAUAAAAAUGAUAGUUUUAACCAUGUUUACAAACAUUGGAGUAGAACACGUUUAUAUUCUGGGUGCUGAUGGGGUACGACAGCUGAACUAAGCUCAUGAGGCAAUUAUAAUUUAUGUUCUUCAAGAACCAAUGGGUACAUAUAAUUAAUUUAUAAAUCCUCAAAUGGAUGCAGCAACUGCAGAUUUCCCCUUUAAUGUAAACUGUUUUAUUUUUCUAAUCUGGGUGAACAUAUCUCCUGAAAUAACUUUAGGCGUAAAUCUGGAUUACAAAUAAUACAUUUAACAAUUCAUCAAUUAAGUUUCUUUAACUUACUUUUCUAUAAGACAUAAAUAAUUGACAACAGAUGCAGUAGCCUACAUAAUUUCCAACGGUUUACCAGACCCAAAUGGAAUUGAAAUAUUCCCUUUGCCCCACCAGAUGGCAAUCUUUGCAAAGCAACUGGCCACAAAGCAGUGACUGUAUCCAAAAGACUAAGAGUAAAGAAAACACAAAUUUACCAAGAAAUCCUCUCAGGAAAAGAGUACCCUAAUAGUGAACUAAAAACUAUUGAGACAACUGUAGGACACCCAAUAGACAUGCCCAAACCCUCCUAUUUUUGGCCUCCAUUAGUGUAAUAACACAUGAACUGACACGUGAGUGGAUAAUUUUCAAUCGGUAGGGCAUUUGGUCCGUGCCCCUAAAACAUAUGGGUUUAUCGCUUCCCAGGCCUGUCAAUUCCACGCUAACAGCUGUCGAAAAGCAGAUUACCUCUGAUUCCAAUGUGCCUAGUGAGAUAGAGAGGACAGGACAGGACAUGAUAGGAUUGGCAGUUCAGUUACCGGGUUGACCACCUCUCACCGGGAACAACUCUCAUUGCCUAUCGUUCAUUGGUCCCGUUUUCAACCGGGCGCCAGGUCUACAGUACCUCUUGAGACUGGGCAAUAUACAUGUCUCUAAUGGGAGCUAUCGAUUACUUGCUGCCUAGGCCUGCACAAUAUGAGAGGGAGAGACAGAUAUGGUGAAACAUGAUCAAUAAUAUUCCCAACAGACCUUGAAUGUAGGCUAUUGUCUGUUCUCUCUGAAAAUGCAACAAAACAUACGAUUUGAAAAUACUACCAAACAUUCUUACUUGAUAUGAUACAUUGUAAAAUUGAAACAAAGUAUGUAACAUAUUUGUACUAAUAGCCUAGUUGCAUAACAGUGCGCUAAGCAAGUCUAUAAAUUAAAGGACUGGAGCGGUGUCGACACAAUGACACAGGCAGAAGGGAGACCAGCAUCCCUUCCAUUUCUAUUCUAUCCUAACAACAGCAUCAUUUCCCACCGUGGUGACGUCUACCAUUGCUGUGAGAUUUUGUUGUCCCCCACGAUGAAAUCCGGGAGGGGACUGUGGAUCUGUCUCCAUCCGUCCGUUCCUUUGUACGUUAGUCAUACGCGAUAUCUCAGAUAGAGAUAAUUAACUUACAUUUGUGAAACUGAAAUGUGUUAGUCACACGCGAUAUCUCAAUUAGCCCAAGGGGGGGCGCUUACAAUGUUUACCGUUGCCUUUUUUCAAAUACGGGCUUCUCGAGAACAGUGCGUUCAUUGUUGACAGACGUGCGGAAGAACCAAGGGCGCAACUCGCUUACGCACGUAUCCUAUCACGCUCCAAUGGCGUCUAGAGAAGGGAGGGCCUUUCUUCCUGUAGUCUGAUUAAAUCAGUCCAGUUUCAAUUGGAAGAGAUAAAAUACCGCACAUCAGGAAUAAGGGAAAGAUCUUUGAUUCUUUGGACGAAUAGACUUCACCUAUGGAUAUACCUGCGACGUUUAGAGGUAUUUGUUCCUCAGCGUAUGUUGAAAAGGAUCCAAGAAGAGGUUGGAGCGCGUAAUUACUAACGUAUUACUUGUAUGCUGUGGUUCAAUGUUCCUAUAGGCUCCAUCUAUACUGGGGCGCAUCAGAUUUUAGCUGCGCUGAGAUGCCUACACUGAAUGUUGUCAAGGAGGGCGUAAAUUGUUUGCUUGAAUGGUUCCUCGUUUUGUUUUUGAUGGCAGGCCAAACGCAAAACGCACUGUAAUACCCGUAAUAGAAACAUUUUCAUUUGAAGAGCCUUGCGCACUGCAGUAAAAGCAGGGCAGCGUUAUCGUAUUUUGGUUUGCGAAUCAGAUUGUGAUAUCGAAUCUGCUGGCUGGGGUAUUACCUAAUCAUUUAGCAUUGGAUUCGUUCGGUAUCAAUUUCCACCGGAGAUAUUCAACACGCCGUACGGGUUUGCCUAUUGUAAAUGUAAGAACCCUUCGCCCAGUGGUGAGAGCCACUCACUCCUAGGUUACAGAUGAGAGGGAAACAAUACCAUCAACAACUGAAGUUGACAGCGCCUUGGGAGAAGGAUGCUGGCUACGGGAGAAAGCUCAAAACGUACAGGAACCAUACUAAGAUAAUAGCCCAGCCCGGCAUUGUGAUGAAGGUGCUACGCAGAAAGCGGAUUGUGUUGUUUAUAGCCUAUAUCUUACUGCUGGUGCUGACCAUGCUGAACUUGGCCAACUAUAAAUGGACUAAAGAGCCCCAGCAGUGCAAUCACCAGAUGAGGAGCACUACCUAUCAUGGCAGAUCAGAUAUCCGGUUCCUCUACAGACCCUCUCUGGCCAAGAAGAGACAGUUGGUCUAUGUUCUGACCACAUGGAGGUCUGGGUCCUCCUUUUUCGGGGAGCUGUUUAACCAAAAUCCUGAAGUGUUCUUCCUGUAUGAACCCAUGUGGCACAUCUGGCAGAAGCUGUACCCGGGAGACGCGGUGUCUUUACAGGGGGCAGCCAGGGACAUGCUCAGCUCCUUAUACCGCUGUGAUCUCUCUGUGUUCCAGCUGUACAACAGCCCAGGGGGAAAGAACUUUACUUCCCUAGGACUCUUUGGGGCCACCCUGAAUAAGGUGGUGUGCUCCUACCCCCUCUGCUCCGCCUACAGGAAAGAGGUGGUGGGUAUGGUGGAUGACAAGGUGUGUAAAAAGUGCCCCCCUCAAAGCCUUAGACUACUAGAGGAGGAGUGCCUCAAAUACAGCACUAUCGUUAUUAAAGGGGUGCGUAUCCUGGAUGUUAAUGUACUAGCCCCCCUCAUGGAGGACCCGUCCCUGGACGUGAAGGUAGUCCACCUGGUCAGGGACCCCCGGGCCGUGGCCAACUCCAGGAUCAAGUCCCGACAUGGGCUGAUCCGGGAGAACCUGCAGGUGGUCCGGAGCAGGGACCCCAAGCUCCGCAGGAUCCCCUUCGUAGACCCCAAUCACAAAGCCAACAAGAAGGACGGCUCGGACUACCACUCCAUUGGAGCCAUGGAGGUGAUCUGUGACCGCACCUCCCGGACCCUGAGGACUGCCUUAAACCCUCCCAGUUGGCUCAAAGGGAAGUACAUGGCUGUACGCUAUGAGGACCUGGUGGAGAACCCUGUGAAGAUCCUGAGGAACAUCUACCGCUUCGCCAACCUCACCACCAACCAUGACAUUGAAUUGUUUGCUCUGAACAUGACAGGCGGGUCUAGCUCGUCCUCCAAGCCGUUCAUAGUGUCCUCCAGGAACGCCACUCAGGCUGCCAGCGCAUGGAGAACAGUGCUCAGCAUCCAGCAGAUCAAACAGGUGGAGGACUACUGUCAUCACUCCAUGGCUGUCCUGGGCUAUGACAGAGUCAGGACGGCCGGGGAGGCCAAGGACCUUAGUAAGUCUUUACUGACGGUCUCCAAACUGUGACAGAAAAAUAUGUAUUUUUCCUUUCCACCAAAGACAGUGAAUUUAAUGUCAUUUUGCAUCUAGUGCCAUUCCGUUAAUCGUGGAAUAAAAAAGCGUUACUUUGAAUUAGUGUUUUUGAGGAAUUCCACUUCUUGGCCACAUUGGAAUGUAUUUUAGUUUUAUUUUUCAGUUCAAUUGCAGACAGUUGUAUUUGACAGGACCAUUACUUUUGUAUCUGGAAAACUGGAUGUUUUUGACAAAGCCUGAAGGCUUAUGAACAAUGACUUGAAUAUUGAAACUGCAACUAUGGAAACAAACAAACACUGUAUGAUUAAUGUAUCUUGUUAUGAAAACACUUCAAAGUGGAUGUUUUGGGAGUUAUUUUGAAUGUUCCAAAAUUGAGAUUUUUUCUUUCUUUCAGUAUCCAUAAUGUUUGUAAAAGUGAAAAACCAGUGGAUGAAAAAAAAAAAGCAUUAAUUCAUCAAAAAGCUAAUUGUUUGAGCAGGUUAUGUUACGUUGUGAGUAAUGGAUGGACUCAGAGACAAUCAUUAAACUGGUCUGUUAUAACUAUAA